AUGCAAUAUCUUGCCCCAUUUUUCUACUUUUUCUCAAAUGUCGCCGUUCUCGCGCCCAACACCUAUACACCCUCCCCACCCAAAACUGCUGUUGGAUACGAAUUCGGACAGACCUUCUCCUACUAUCAACUUGUAUUCUUGGCAAUAAUGGUUUCAAUGGGAAUAACUCGAUGUUUGAUGACAAUAGAGAAAGAGGAUACACCAGAGAGAAGAGUCCGUCCGAAGAGACAUAUGACGUUUUGUCUCGUUUUUGGAAUUGGAUGUGCAGUCGUGCAGUUGGCAAUGCUCUUUUGGUUUGAGCCCCCGUCGCAGAUCCGCUACACGAUCAGCACCUUACUGGAAUUUUUACAAGUCUUGGUGUUCACAUGGUUCGGAAUGGAGUACUGUAUGACGUGUUCUGUUGAAUAUAAUUGGCUAAUUAUCCCAACUAUAAUUACGUGCUCAUUGACAUAUUAUGGAUUCAAAAGGAUUGGUCGAGUUGAAUACUACAGUCUAUAUCUCAUCUGGAAUAUGUGCAUAUUCUCUGGACUACUCGAGUUAUGGCUCAUGUGGCGGAAUGGUGUAGUGAAUAGCUUCAUUUAUGAUAUUUCCAUGGAUAAUAUUAGGAAUAGUGAUGAAGAUGAUGACGAACGGCGUAUUAAUUGUUCUAAAUUUGAUUUUUAG